CGUUGGCCCGGACGUGGCAGUCGGCAGUCGUCUUGUGUGGAAAUCAGAAUAACUGGAUCAGUGUAAAACCAACACACGUCGCCUGUGCUGUGGCUAAUAUCGGUUCUUCUGCCAUAGAUUGAAACACCAUCGGCCAGUAAUGGGGCUCACAAUCUCAUCCAUCUUCGAACGGAUCUUCGGCAAAAAGCAAAUGAGGAUUUUGAUGGUUGGGCUGGAUGCGGCUGGUAAAACAACGAUCUUGUACAAAUUGAAGCUUGGUGAAAUUGUGACCACCAUCCCAACCAUUGGUUUCAACGUGGAGACAGUAGAAUAUAAAAAUAUCAGCUUCACUGUUUGGGAUGUGGGCGGCCAGGACAAGAUUAGACCCCUCUGGAGACAUUACUUCCAGAACACACAGGGGCUCAUCUUUGUGGUGGACAGCAACGACAGAGAAAGAGUGGCAGAGUCUGCAGAUGAGCUCUCAAAGAUGUUGAAUGAGGACGAGUUGAAAGAGGCUGUUUUGCUGGUGUUUGCUAACAAACAGGACCUUCCCAACGCCUUAACAGUCAGCGAACUCACAGACAAACUUGGUCUACACAACCUCCGCAGAAAAACUUGGCACAUUCAGCAAGCCUGCGCCAUCCAGGGCGAUGGGCUGUAUGACGGACUUGACUGGCUAUCCAAAGAGCUGUGCAAGAACUAAAGAAGGAUCAGCUGGACAGAUGAGAGAGAGAGAAACUGAACUCCACAGGACAGGAGAGAAGGCACAGACAUUCAAAACCAGAAAAAUUUGGUCUUCCAGCACCAAUGUUCACAAAAAGGACAAGGCUGGUGGACGAUAUAUAAUCAUCUUUGGGAAAUUUUAAUAUUACAUGUUUUUUCUUUUAUUAUCAUGCUAUUACCAUAUUAUCUCUUGACAUAGUCUUUAUUUUUUUCCUUUUCUUCCCAACUCUUACAUGGCAGCAGGUUGUAAUUACACAUUCAGUUGCAUGACGAGCAAAUGGUCUAUUAGGGAAAUCUCAUGGAAACAGUGAAUAGAGUGAUGGGAGUUGUAUUUUUGUUUGACACCUGGGCUCCUGUUUAGGCAGCAUUUGCAGUAAUUGAGUACAUAUAUAGCUGUUCAUCUCCACAACCCCUUGUGGAUAUUAGACUCCCUCACAGACCUGACCCUUUGCUCUUCACUGCUGUGUCUCAUGCCAACUCAUUUCUGUAAAGGCCUGCAGCUCGUAGAGGGAGAUGGAUGGGGAUUGCGGCAAUUUCAUAGAUAGAUUUUGUUAGUCGUGCGGGGCCUCCCAGUAAAUGGAUCCAAAAAGGAA